AUGGUUUGUGUAAGGAAUCAUUACUCAUGUUUUAUCUUACUGGUCAUCAAUAUAUUGUUGGUUAGAGGACAAAGUGUACUGACGACAUUAAAGAAGGAUAUCAAAGAUGGACGUGUACCAAUGCGUGGGGUUAAUAUUGGUGGAUGGCUGGUUGCUGAACGUUGGAUGACAUCUGCUUCACCUGCUUGGAAUGGAGUUCCGGAUACUAUUGCAAAUCUAGGAGAAUACAAAACAAUGCAAUAUAUAGGUCAUGCUAAGGGUGAUAUGCAAUUCAAGCAGCAUCGUGAUACAUACAUAACUGAACAAGAUUUUCGUGAUAUUUCUGCAGCUAAAAUGAAUACAGUCCGUAUUCCUGUUGGCUAUUGGAUAACUGGCUUUGAUAAUCAUCCAGGUGGUGAUCCAAAUGGAUGGAAAGUUUAUGCACCCGGUGCAAUUAACUAUUUAGAUCGAGCUAUUCGGGAAUGGGCUCCAAAGUACAAUUUACUUGUAUUGAUUUCUCUUCAUGCAGCUAAAGGUAGUCAAAAUGGAAAUGAUCAUAGUUCACCUGCUGAUCCAGGCAAAUCACAUUGGUCCUCGUAUCCAGAAAAUGUGCAAAAUACAUUAGAUGCUGUCGAAUGGUUAGCAAAACGAUAUUCUACUAAUGAUGUCGCAUUUCUAGGUAUUGGUUUACUCAAUGAACCAUCAGGAACGACGAAUGAAGGAGUUUUAAAACAGUACUAUUAUGAUGCCUAUGGUCGUAUUCGUCUUUUUUCAGAUUGUUUAUUGACUGUAUCACCAUUAUUAUAUCAGCAAGGACCUUACUCCAGUGAUUGGGCUAGUUUUAUGCCACCACCUCAAUUUCAUGGGGUCCGUCACGAAUGGCAUCGUUAUCAAAUUUGGGGAUACGAAGGUUGGAGUACAGAUCGUUUGAUAAGCUAUGCUCAAAAUGAACUUAGAAACGAUAUAUCAGAAUGGAAAGGUAAUUGGCUAUUUAUUGGCGAGUGGUCCAUUGCAUCAUCAGCUAGCUUUAAUGAUUAUGAUUUGCGUCUCUAUGCUCAAGCACAAAUUAAUGCAUUUAAGGGAGCGACCGGUGGUUGGACAUAUUGGACAUGGAAAUUUUAUAACGAUGAUGGUUCAAUGAAUGCUUGGAGUAUGAAAGCUAUGGUCAAUCGUGGCUUUAUACAACUUUGA